AUACGAAGGCCUCCCCAGCUCCAAGGCGUUACGGGGAAAAGCUGAAGUAGAAUAAGAGGAUGAGCAGUGGAGCAGGAAAGAUCGUCUGCGUAACCGGAGCGUCCGGUUACAUAGCUUCAUGGCUUGUGAAGCUCCUUCUCGCUCGCGGUUACACUGUCAAGGCCACUGUUCGUGACCCGAAUGAUCCAAGAAAGAUAGAUCACUUAGUUACACUUGAUGGAGCUUCAGAGAGACUUCAGUUGUUUAAAGCAAACCUUUUGGAAGAAGGAUCUUUUGAUUCUGUUGUUGAAGGAUGUGAUGGUGUAUUUCAUACUGCAUCUCCCUUUUACCAUGAUGUCAAGGAUCCACAGGCAGAGUUAAUUGAUCCUGCAGUGAAGGGAACUCUUAAUGUGCUUAACUCUUGUGCAAAAGUCCCUUCUAUAAAACGAGUGGUUGUGACAUCUUCAACGGCUGCAGUUACAUUCAAUGGACAGCCCCGAAAUCCAGAUACAAUAGUUGAUGAAACUUGGUUUUCUGACCAGGAAGUCUGCAAGCAGUCAAAGCUUUGGUAUGUGCUUUCAAAGACCAUGGCGGAGGAAGCUGCCUGGAAAUUUGCUAAGGAGAAGGGUUUGGAUUUGGUUGCUAUAAACCCAGCAAUGGUCAUUGGUCCUCUCUUACAGCCAACACUUAAUACUAGUGCUGCAGCAAUCCUAAGCUUAAUUAAAGGAGCUCAAACCUUCCCCAAUACCACUUUUGGAUGGGUUAAUGUUAAAGAUGUUGCAACAGCACAUAUCCUAGCUUUAGAGGUUCCAUCAGCCAGUGGAAGAUAUUGUUUAGUUGAGAGAGUUGUACACUAUUCAGGAAUUGUGAAAGCCUUGAGUGAGCUUUACCCCACUCUUCAGCUUCCAGAAAAGAAAAGAGAAUAUAAAAAAAGCUGUGACCCAAAGGCAAAAUCGGAAGGCUGUCACCUUAUUGCAAAUCCAACCACUCAGAAUAUGAAACGUGGCAGAGCAGGAGAGAAUGAAAUGGCGGUGGAAAGAGUUGAAAAAGGGAGCAGGUGGGGGGAAAAGGGGCAGGUGAAAAAAACUAAGGAAAAGGUGGGGCGAGAGGGUUCUCUCGAAUGUUGAGUAUUUACUGUGGGGGGAUUUAGUUGGGUUUUUGUGUAACAUUCUGGAAAAAUUAGUGAAGAGAAUUGUAAUUGAUUAAGCAGUGCAGUAGAUGGAAAUAGUCAUUGUAUUGGAAAACUAAUUUGUAUUCAUUCCUGGAAAAUUAUUCAAUACAAUAUACAUAUUUUCAUUG